AUGAGCAAAGAACAGGACCACCAACCCUCGAAACAAGACAACGAGGAGCCGGAGGCCCAUCAAUACCAGGCCGGUUCCUCCACCGACCGCCCAGAAGAUGAGUGGAAGCAUCGCGAGCCGUAUCGUAUUCACAGUAAAAAUGAAGAAUUCCCCGUCCAGUGGGAGGGUCAUUGUCAUUGUGGCAAAGUCACAUAUCAGCUGAGCAGAGACAAGCCGUUGGCAGCCAAGUAUUGUCAUUGUACGACGUGUCAGAGGCUCCACGGGGCACCUUUCCAAUGGGCCGCCAUCUUCCACAAAUCCGACAUCAACUUCACAAACGGUCACCAUGACCUAGGCUGGUAUGAUCCCACCGCAAAGUCCACUACUCACCACCUUCCUUGCAAGGUUUCUUGCGCGUAUUGUCGCACGCCUAUCAUGGACGAAGGUCGCAACAUGAUUCUCUUGUUCCCCUCUCUCAUCAAGGACAUCAACACUCCCCGCGGCCGAGAGGCAUUCAGACCAACUUGCCACAUGUUCUACCCACAACGAGUGGCCGACCUCAAGGGCGAUGGGAUUGUGAAAUGGAAAGGGCUGGAUAAUAUGAGUGAUCUGAUGGACGACGACGAGAAUGUUCUGGUGAAAUGGGAGGACAAUAUGGACGAGAAACGAAUGGCCGACAAGAAGAGGGAGUUCCUAGAAUUCACGCAACGGGAAGAGGUCAAGAGAGUGAAGAAGACGGAGGGAUGA